AGCGCGGUGCCUACGGCCGCCGCAGCCGCUGGCCGGGGGCGAAGCCGCUCGGCGAGGAGAAGGCGGUGGGGCUGGGCCAGGAGGCUCCGGCUGAGCGGCGGGAGUGUGGGAUCCGGCUCCGCUGCCCUCCCGCCCCUCAUAAAGCUUUGAUGAGACACUUGAGACGCCGCCUGUGUUGUCGAGGCGGCGGGAGGCGGUCGGUGGGACUGGGCGCCCGGGAGAGGAUGUGACUUCCCGGAGGGGACCCGGACAGGCUUUGUGUGGACGACAAGUUCCACCAAGUGAGAAGAGUGAUGACCAUCCUUUUCUUUACUAUGGUUAUCUCAUACUUCACUUGCAUGAAAGCUGCCCCAAUGAAAGAAGCUAGUCUAAGAGGACAAGGCAGCUUGGCUUACCCAGGUCUUCGGACCCACGGGACCCUUGAGAGCAUAAAUGGGCCCAGUGCUGGUUCAAGAGGACUGACAUCGUUGGCAGAUACUUUUGAACAUGUCAUAGAGGAGCUUCUAGACGAGGACCAGGACAUCCAGCCCAGUGAGGGAAACAAGGAUGCAGACUUGUAUACAUCCCGAGUCAUGCUAAGCAGUCAAGUGCCUUUGGAACCCCCGCUGCUCUUUCUGCUCGAGGAGUACAAAAACUACUUGGAUGCUGCAAACAUGUCCAUGAGGGUCCGGCGCCACUCCGAUCCAGCUCGCCGCGGGGAACUGAGCGUGUGUGACAGCACGAGUGAGUGGGUGACGGCAGCAGAGAAAAAGACUGCAGUGGACAUGUCCGGGGCAACCGUCACAGUCCUGGAAAAAGUUCCAGUACCCAAAGGCCAGCUGAAGCAAUACUUCUAUGAGACCAAAUGCAACCCUAAGGGGUACACAAAGGAGGGCUGCAGGGGCAUAGACAAGAGGCACUGGAACUCUCAGUGCCGAACUACCCAGUCUUACGUGAGAGCUCUCACCAUGGAUAAUAAAAAGAGAGUUGGCUGGCGCUUUAUAAGGAUAGACACUUCUUGUGUAUGUACAUUAACCAUUAAAAGGGGAAGAUAGUGGAUUCGUGUUGUAUAGAUUAUAUUGAGACGAAAUUAUCUAUUUGUAUAUAUACAUAACAGGGUAAAUUAUUCGGUAAAAAAAUAAUUUUAUGGACUGCAUGUAUGACUGAAGUUUAUACAGUACAGUGGUUACACAAUCUAUUUAUUGAACAUAUCCAUGACCUGAAGGGGAACAAUAGUCAUUUGCGCACAAGUUUAAACAAACAAACAAAAAAAAAAACAAAAAAAAAAAAAAAAGGAAAA